AUGGCAGACUCUAAAGCGGGACCGCAGUCCGCGGAGGAACUCACCACGUUCGUCCAAUCCAUGCUCGCGCAAAUGCAGAGUCGGUUUCAACAGAUGAGCGACGAGAUCAUCACGAAAAUCGACGAUUUAGGAAACCGAAUCGAAGAGUUGGACGAGCAAGUUUCAAAGAUGAGCGAUCGAGAGAAGGAGGACGAGACGAAGUAG